UCGGUAGCAUAUAACAACCUGUUUUCGAGAAAACUGUGUCAGAAGUCAACAUAAAGAUGAACGGGAUACUUCCGUUAUUGUUGAUUGUAGUUGCUGUAGAAUUGUCAUGGGCCUGCGAUCAUCCGAUCGGCCAUUACACCUCCAUGGGAUGUGAACCGAGUUGUCGCAGAACUCCAACAGGAUGCCCGGCAAGCUACAAAUGUCCCCACCUGACGAAUCCAGCAGCAGGCAUGUGCUAUUUGGGUGGGAAAACCUAUUCCAUUGGAGAUUACAUUCCCGAGGAAGAAACAUUGUCCGGUUGUAUAGCUGGGGCAUUUUGCGAAAAAAGUUUUGAAAACCCCGCUGCGACUCAAGUGAUCUACGCUGUUUUCGACUGCGCUGAAUUUUUCAUGCCACCACUAAAUCAGACUUGCGUUCGUCAGUAUAAGACAAAAUCAUGCUGCUCAAGUGGCCAAGUUUGUGGUGACGCGGUUCAACAACUGGCCACGUGUACCUUGGGUGGACAAGUCUUCAUGGAAGGACAGAGGAUGGAAAUCCCCGGUAAUCCUUGCAAAUCGUGUAUCUGUGCCCCGGGAUUCGAUGAGAACAAGAUAGAGAGCAAUCCGAAUUGCUACGAAACACGUUGCUUCUUCGAGAUUUACGAUACGCAGCGCGUGUACGGUGGAGCGAUUCCGGUUUACAUGGACUACAAUCGUUGCUGCCCAAGUUCGUGGAGAAUGCCUGAAGCUACGGAUAAGGUUGUAAAAGGAUUGCCAUAUUGCAAUGUGGACGCCACAAUGACAUGCAAGUACGGGAAUUUGACGCUAGAUGUCGGAGAUUCAUUGGAGCCGUUUUCGUUCGAGGGUGGCGUAUAUGAUUGUAAAUGUGCAGUUCCACCACUCAUGCAUUGUAUGGUGACCAUUAAGAAAUAGUAAAAUAUGCUCAAUUAGAAAAAAAAAACUUUUCUGGUUUGAAAGCAUGUAAUUCUGCUUGUCGUGCAUUCAAAUGAAAGGUUGCAUUCAUCAAUGCCAAUAGUGUGUCCAAAAGUUUACCUCUCCAAAUAUGAGCUUUUCUGCAGAUUCGUAUGCUUUUUCUAUUCCUCGAUUAUUUUUAUGCUCAAAAGCGCAUACGAGCUUGUUCUCACUUUAGAGCAUGAUAGAAUGUACUUAAUUUCAUGAAUUUGAUUUUAAAUUGUUAUUUUGUUAAGUUAUUUCUCUUUAAUGAAUCUUAAGUUAAUUCAGCUUAGUGGCAUCAACUCACCUUGACGAAGCCUUACGGCAUAUAGACAGUUUGGUUAGUCGGGGGGUUCGAUGCCUCUUUGCUUCGCCAUAAAAAAAAACAAACUUUUUUGCAUUGCACUCCCAAGACAACCUCCAAAAGCAACGCGACGUAGGCGCGGUAAAACCUAGUUACAUGGACUCUUGGGAGCUUAGGAUAGGAAAUUAUCCUUGAGCUUUGCAAUCCAUUUUCCUGCCCCUUUCCUACCCUGACCAAUCCUAACCCUUGUAGCAAAAUAGUCAUGAUAAGUUUACCAGCCGGGAACGCUAAGCGUCUACCUCCAAUGAAGGCAACGGAGUCACGUGCACAUCACAUUUGUAAAUUCUCUGGCUGAGCA